CGGUUUUCCCGGUUCCUCGGUCCAGCGGGGUGCGCAGUGAGCGGGACUAAAAGCUUUACCGCAUGUGCUCCUGUGCUCCUGUGCGCGCUCCUCCCUGCAGGGAAACCCGACAAACUCCCACCAGAGACACGCACAAGUCCCCGGAACCUUCUCAAACCCUGCAGAACCUGCAGAACCUGCAGAAACCCCCGACCCCGGCUCUCCCCGUUCCCGCACAUGCCUGCGCCGCGGCGCAUGGGAGGAGGAGGGGGCGCACCCGGCGCAUGUCUGAGCCCACCGCAACUAACUUCACCAUAAACAACAAGACUCCCGGCUUGUAUUGACGCGUUUUUUUCUCCAGGAGAAGAGGAGAGGGGGGUUUGGUUUUGGUUUGUGUCCGCCAUGGAGAACCAGGCAGGCGGCUGCGAGCCCCAGCAGCAGCUGCAGCAGCCGGCGGAGGAGGACGUGCGCCGGAGCGGAUACCUCCGCAAGCAGAAGUCCAUGCACCGGCGCUACUUCGUGCUGCGCGCCGCGUCGGAGCGCGGCCCGGCCCGCCUGGAGUACUACGAGUCCGAGAAGAAGUUUCGGGGCAAGGCCCCCGUGCCCAAGCGCGCCGUGGCGCUGGAGACCUGCUUCAACAUCAACAAGCGCGCCGACGCCAAGAACAAGCACAUGAUCGUGCUGUACACCCGCGGGGAGAGCUUCGCCGUGGCGGCGGAGGACGAGGCGGACCAGGACGGCUGGUACCAGGCCAUGGUGGAGCUGCAGUGCAAAAGUAAAAAUCCCACUGACAGCGAGGGGGUGGGAGACUAUGGAACGCCAAAUCCCGGACCCGCAUUCAAAGAGGUCUGGCAGGUGAAGGUGUGGCCCAAAGGCCUGGGCCAGGCCAAGAACUUGGUUGGCAUCUAUCGACUUUGCCUUACUGACAAAACGGUCAACUUUGUGAAGCUAAACUCGGAUGCUGCGGCUGUGGUGCUCCAGCUGAUGAAUGUAAGACGCUGUGGCCAUUCGGAAAAUUUCUUUUUCAUCGAGGUGGGACGCUCUGCCGUGACAGGCCCGGGCGAGUUCUGGAUGCAGGUGGAUGAUUCGGUGGUGGCUCAGAACAUGCACGAGACCUUGCUAGAAUCCAUGAAAGCCCUGAGUGAAGAGUUCCGCCAACGCAGCAAGUCCCAGUCCAACACUGGCCCAGGAGGAGGUGCCACUGCUUCCAAUCCUAUCAGUGUUCCCUCACGCCGCCAUCACCCAAACCCUCCUCCUAGUCAGGUUGGCUUCCUCCGACGGCCCCGAACUGAGCCUCCUGGAGGAGCUAAUGGUGGAGCACCAGUCAGCAGUGCUAGUGCCUCUCCUACCCCCAGGCACAGCUUCCCAAGGUCUCGCACGGCCAGUGAUGGAGGGAAAUGUGAGGAUGGGAUGGCAGGGUCUGCUCUACAAGUCAUGAACUCCAGCCCCUCUGCCAAUGGCUCCAUCUCCACAACCCCAAUCCUCCGGUCAAAGUCAGCCCGUUCAGCCCCCACCACAGCUUCAAGAACGCCUAUUGGGUUGAUGCGCUCUAUCUCCACCCCGGCACCAUCUCCAGCCCCAAGUCUGUCAUCUAGUUCUGGGCAUGGCUCUGAGUUUGGAGGCGUAACUUCUGCGGGUGCUUCCUACAGUCGUGUGCCCUCUCAUCAUGCCUCUGUUUCAGGCUCACCUAGUGACUAUGGCUCCUCGGAUGAGUAUGGUUCCAGUCCUGGGGAUCACACGCUUCUCUCUUCCCCGACCCUCCCCGGAGGCUCCGUUGGUAGUAUCACCAGCCAGUCGCUUGGUGAAGAUGGAGCCAACUAUAUCAUGAUGGGACACCGCGGUGGUGGAACUGGAGGUGGCAACAAUAACCGAAGGAGUUCAACAUCCAGUUCCCAGCCUGCACCAGGAAUGCCACCCUGUGGCUCCCAGCCGCAGACUAAGAGAGUUCUCCGCCGUUCUUCCAGCCGUGAAUGCGAAGCAGAGCGGAAGUUCCUGACCAAACGCGCCUCCUUACCUCCUAUGGCCCUAGAGAGACUUGCCCCACGUCAGCGAAGAGCUGAAGAGCCUGCAGAUGAAGAUUCAGCAGAUUAUGCUGUUAUGUCAAGGAGCACGAGCCGAGAAUCCUUUACUUCCACCUGCUCUUCUACCCAGAAGGAAUUGGCCACGAGUGCUGGUGGGCUGGGGGGAGGAUACUUGGAUGUGGCAGGGGAGAUCAAAGCUGAAGGGGGUGCAGGAGGAGGUGGUAGUGUAGAUAUAGGUGUGGACAAUGGAUACAUGUCCAUGCUGCCUGGAGUCACUCAGCCCCCAGUGUCCUUGGCUCAAUCACUGGCUCUUUCUGUCCCAGAGCCAGAUUCCAAACCUGCUGACGAUUACAUGGCCAUGACACCAAACAACAGCGUGUCUCCCCCACAGCAGAUCCAUCCUCCCCCAACUUCUGAUGGCUACAUGAUAAUGUCCCCUAAUAGCAGCUGCUCCCCAGACCAGCGUGGCGGUCUCUCUGGAGGGGCUUGGGUGGGCAGCAGCAGUGCAGAUAGCAGGGCUGGCAGUGACUAUAUGAACAUGUCUCCAAUAAGUGCACGUUCUGUAAAUGGCGCAUCACCACCCCCUGAGCACACCUGCCACGUAGAGACUACUUUGGAGCAACAACCUCCUAAAAUGGUGUAUUCUUACUACUCCCUUCCUCGGUCGUACAAACAUAACCCCUGUGCUGGACAUUUUGAUGAUGGGCCUGGACGAGGUAGAAGGCCCAAUGGGAGUUGUAGUAGGGGAAUGGGUGGUGGUAGAAGUAUUGGAGGGCGUCAAGAGCAACCAACAGGAGGUAAUUCAGCGGUUGGACGCCAUUUAUCACUUUCCUCAUCCUCAUACUCGUCCAGUUCAGCCAGUAGUGAAAGCCUUGGGGAGAACGACGAACGAACUUCCCAGGCUUUGAGUAAUGUGACAAGUGGCUCUUCAUCCAAAGAUUGGAGCAAGGUCACUCAGAGACGUAGCUCUGGAGGGUUGUCCAAGCAGGGUAGCCAUACUAGAAACAGACCAGUGAGCCUGUUUGUUGAUGUAUCCAAGGCUAACACCCUUCCGAGGGUCCGUGAGAACCCCCUUCCCCCAGAACCCAAGAGUCCUGGGGAGUACGUAAGCAUUGAAUUCAAAAUGGACAACUGGAACCACACAGGGCUAGGAGUAGGGUGCGGCAGGAGCCUAAGACAUGGUCUAUUACUGUCCCAUGGUUCAAGUAACCAGCAUCCUCAAAACAGACCAACUUCAUGUGUAGGGAACUUUAUCCCACUUUCUCGCAGUCCAUCUACCCCCAUCACUCCUCCAUCUGCCUCCGAGUAUGUUAACAUGGACUUGGGCCCUUCUCCAUCGCCCUCAACCCUCUCCCUUACCCCAUUAGUUUUCCCCUCAUUUCACACACCUCCUACGCCUACAACUCUUGUUCAUGCCUCUCAAAUCUGUGUGGAAGGUGCUACCAGUCCACAUGUGGAAGAAGCUGAGUUGGCCGAGGCACCUCUCAGAAAAAGCCGGGAAAGCGUUCCAUCAGUUAGUGAGUCUGAGUCCCCUACAUCCUGUGGAGACUACACAGAAAUGGCUUUCAGCUUGAAUAACAACAACGCCGCCCCCCGACCAUCACCCACCGUCUCCCCCAAACUCCCAUCUCCUACCAGGACUGAUCCCUCUGUUUCAGUUCUGCCGCGGGGUCUAGACUUUCCACUAGGAAAAUCGGGACCCAACCCCAACCAAGGGGCUAAAGUAAUCCGUGCCGAUCCUCAAGGACGCAGACGGCACUGCUCAGAAACCUUCCUUGCCUCACCGUCCCUCCCCACCUCUACCUCAACUUCCUCUUCAACUGUUUCCCUCUUUCCGGAGCACACCCAAGCUGUAGCCCGACGUCUGGGCUUUGAAAACAUGUUAUGGGGAAACGGUGCAGUGACUGAUGCCCCUACGCAGUUCCCCCUCCAGGGACAGUUGCUUCCCAUAAACAAUCAGACUACAUCCACAGAGCAAGGUCUUAACUACAUAGACUUGGACUUGGCCAACAAAGAGAGUCCUCACGCGGGCGUGGACGGGCCCCCAGGAAGCCAGCCCCCAUCUCGGCUCUUCUCCGUCGUAAGUGCGGGCUCUGUGGUUGGUGGAGUGGGGACUGCAGUUGCCGGGAGCAACAGCUCAAGCCUCAACACUUACGCCAGCAUUGACUUUUACAAAUCGGAAGAGCUGCGGACACAUCAAAAUGGAAACAAGGAGGGAACAGAGUGCUGAUGUCAGUGGCUCGUCCUUGGGGAGACAAUCCGGUACCACUCAAAGCGCUUGGACGUCCCCGCCCGUUUGUUUCGUCACAGCCAAUCACAUGGAGAGAGAGAGCAACUGGACCUGAUGCGGCCCUGAAGCACUUUGACAGACACUGAUGGGGAAUUGUUCUUUUUUUUCUUCUUUUUUUUGUCCUCACUUUCAUCCGGCUGGUUGAGGAAACCAACAGGGAUGUGUGCCAAAUGACAUUCUUGAAAAACCUAUUUGCUGUUCUCAUUCCUUGAGUGAAAGCCAAUGACAGGAAGGUUCAAAAAUAGAGAACAGUGUUUUUUGUUUUAUUAUUUUUCUUCUCUCAAUUCAAAACCUCUAAUGAAAAAAAAAAAACAAAUACAAAUGUGGCUGACUAGUGUGUGAAAAAGAAGUUAUAUAGAAAUAUAUAUAUCUGCUAAAAAAAAAAAAAAGUGCCUCAUUUUCAGAUUGUAGCCAUUUUACAUAGAUGUUCAAACUAAAGUUUUGGGUUAUAUUUUUCAUGUUAGAUUUGAUGUAGUUACAAAAAAAAACAAAAAAAAAUACGGCAAAAGGUGCUGAUAAAGAUGAGGAUUUUUUUCGUGAGCCAAUGCGUCGUUCAUGUCAUAUGGGGGUGGAUGAGAGAAGUUUGGAAAGUUUGUUGCAUUUACAAGUUGUGACUGACAGUCGUGUUAUUACGGAGUUGACGAGUUUAGCAUUUAGUUUAGUGUUUGACUAAACCGUUCAUUGUGCAAUUGUACGCUCAGUUUCUUUUCGAUGGCUAUAAUACGAAAGCAGCCCUGUAUUCAACAAAUAUGUUGGCCUGCCAUCUGAAAUCAGUCUCAGGGAUGGCAUUAUGCUUGCUUGCUCAGCAUUAAAUUAACUUUGUUUUUCUUCAGUUUUUUGAAAAGGGAAAAUGUAAAUCUAAGAUAGCAGUGAAUAAUCCAGCCAAUCUGAAUCACUGAAGUAUUUUUUUAGUGACUUUGGACUCUGAAAACACAUGUGAAGUUAAAUGUGCAGAGCAGAUGAGACCUCUUUCUAAUUAUGAGAGAGUGUGCAGGGCAGUAGCGUUUUGAAAUUAUUUUUACUUAAGUAUUGAUAGUUUUACUUAUUUAGAGAGAUAUUUUGACUAUUUCUACUACUGCAGGUACAAAUUCGGGUUUAGAAAAAGGCAGAAAAGAAAUCAAGACGGUAUAAGUCUGUGUCCUUAAAAUCAAUACCGAGAUAGCAAAGGAUGUUUUGCCCAAAACUUGGCUCGGAUCCGGGACUUUUCUCUGGCCCAAUUCGGCUUGGACUCAGUUUGAGCAUGGCUGUCAAAAGUUGUCUACAUAUCCACUAAUUCUUAAUAUUCUUUGGGGCUUUUGGGCCCUCGGAACCUUUUGUCUGUUUCCAUCUGUUUGGGCCACAUCUGUUC